AUGGCAGAGGAAAACCAAGUGAAGUUACAUGGGAUAUGGGCUAGCCCUUAUGUUAAGAGGGUAGAAAUGGCCCUCAAACUGAAAGGCAUUCCCUAUGAGUAUGUGGAAGAAGAUUUGAGGAACAAAAGCCAGUUGCUCCUCCAGUAUAAUCCUGUCCACAAGAAGGUUCCUGUACUCAUCCACAAUGGAAAACCCAUUGCUGAGUCAUUGAUCAUACUUGAAUAUAUUGAUGAAACCUGGAAGAAUUUAAUGGUCCUCCACUUCUGCCUCAGGAUCCCUAUAAAAGGGCCAAAGUUCGCUUCUGGGCCAGCUUUGUCCAGCAAGAGGUGA